AGAGGCGCCUACCUUGCGAUCUCCGCGCCUCCGCUCCGCUCUCCGGCCGCUGUGCUGCUCGCCCCGCCACCAUGACGGAACAGGCCAUCUCCUUCGCCAAGGACUUUCUGGCCGGAGGCAUUGCCGCCGCCAUCUCCAAGACGGCCGUGGCCCCCAUUGAGCGGGUCAAGCUGCUGUUACAGGUGCAGCACGCCAGCAAGCAGAUCGCGGCCGACAAGCAGUACAAGGGCAUCGUGGACUGCAUCGUGCGCAUCCCCAAGGAGCAGGGCGUGCUGUCCUUCUGGAGGGGCAACCUGGCCAAUGUCAUCCGCUACUUCCCCACGCAAGCCCUCAACUUCGCCUUCAAGGAUAAGUACAAGCAGAUUUUCCUGGGCGGCGUGGACAAGCACACGCAGUUCUGGAGGUAUUUCGCCGGCAACCUGGCCUCCGGCGGCGCGGCCGGCGCCACCUCCCUCUGCUUCGUCUACCCCCUGGAUUUCGCCCGAACCCGCCUGGCUGCCGACGUGGGGAAAUCCGCCACCGAGCGGGAGUUCAAAGGCCUGGGCGACUGUCUGGUGAAGAUCACCAAGUCUGACGGCAUCCGGGGGCUGUACCAGGGCUUCAACGUGUCGGUGCAGGGAAUCAUCAUCUACCGGGCGGCCUACUUCGGCGUGUACGACACGGCCAAGGGCAUGCUCCCCGACCCCAGGAACACGCACAUCGUGGUGAGCUGGAUGAUCGCGCAGACCGUGACGGCCGUGGCGGGCGUGGUCUCCUACCCCUUCGACACCGUGCGGCGGCGGAUGAUGAUGCAGUCCGGGCGCAAGGGAGCCGACAUCAUGUACAAGGGCACCCUGGACUGCUGGCGGAAGAUCUUCAAGGACGAGGGCGGCAAGGCCUUCUUCAAGGGCGCCUGGUCCAACGUGCUGCGAGGCAUGGGCGGCGCCUUCGUGCUGGUCCUGUACGACGAGCUGAAGAAGGUCAUCUAGGCCCCGCCCCGCCCGGCGGGCACGCGGACCAAGGGACCCAGGGACCUACGUAGAAUCAUUCUCCACUGUCACGGACCAUUGACCUUCAGAAAUUCCAGUGUCCCUGCGGACGGCCCAGGCCUGGCAGAGGGCGCGGCCCCCUGGGGCCGCUACCCAUCGAUCGAUUGCGGGGGGAGGGAAUGAUGGCGUCCUGGGUCCGCAGGGGAGGCAGCUCCACGAAGGCAGACCUAGACCCCAGGUGCUUGUAGGACCGACCUGUGUUUAAGUAUUUAUUUAAAAAUCAUGUCUCCCUUUGUACUUAAGCACUGUUCUCUUUUGCACAGCCGAAUAUUUGCGAUUGUGUUCUAUGUCGGGCAUUCUGUUGCAAAACAAUAAAAUCAGGACACAGAC